AUGGCGCCAAUCCUCACGUCCAACCCGACUCUCACACUGGUCCCGGAACCAUUGACACCAACGAACUUCGCUCCAUACGGCACAGCAAUUCAAUCGCCUCUUCCACGCGAUUUGAGUAUUGCUGUUCAACCUUCUUCUCUACCCCCACACAACCCGGCACCCGUACUAGCAAACCAAAACUCCGCCUUGAAAUACAGUCCCAUCUCGCCAAUGCUGGACACCUACAAAAACGGUCCAAGCGGUCAACCUUCCGCAACCAGAAUGACCAUGUUCUGUUGCUUCCCGCGCAAACUACGCACCAUUGGCAGCGGCACAUCCGAGAAGGAGGCCUUUGACGUGCGCAUUCUCGAGCGACACCCCUACACCAACCAAACCUUCAUUCCAACCGAUCUAUCGAGUCACAGCAAGGUCGGAAAUGGAGACGAAGAGCCUAUUUUCUUGGUUGUUGUUGCGCCGACAUUGGAGGGGGAGACAGCGACAGCGAAGAAUGAGGCUGGUGAGACUAUUACGAUUAGGGAUCCGCCUGAUCUGCGCAAUGUGAAGGCUUUCAUUGCGCGCGGUGGCCAGUCUGUUACCUAUGGUGUUGGGACUUGGCAUGCGCCGAUGGUGGUUUUGGGUCCGCGCAGGGUGGAUUUCGUCGUUGUGCAGCAUAUCAAUGGGGUUGAUGAUGAGGAUUGCCAGGAGGCGGCGUUUGGAGAGGGCGUUGUUGUUGAUCUUGGGCGGAGAGGCCAGUAUGGUCGCAAGGAGCAGGGCUCGGCUAAGCUUUGGACCGCGAAGCUUUGA